AAAAUUAUCAGUUAUAAAUAAUAAUAACUCUGCUUGUCUAAAUGUUUGGAUGUAAGUCUUAUCUUUUGAUAGAAAACAGUGUCACAAAUAAUCUGAUAACUCUUUUUCACACAUCUAUCUGCAAAAUCAGCUAAAAAUCUGGUUUAUUCAAUUUUUGAAUUCCGUAUUCAGAAUUCCCGUUUUCGCAUUAAUAACCUAGGGACAGGUGAAAUUCAAAAAAGUAACUAAACUGGCACAACUGUCAACUUUAAGUUGGUCAUCCGUAAUUUUGACAAAUAACUUAAAUUUGCACUGACGAAGCUAUAAAAAUAUACAUGGGGAUUAUUUCAAAAUGUCUAAAGACAAAGCAAUAUUAUUGAGAGUACAAUCUCCAGAAGGUACUAGAAGGAUAGAAAUAAGUCCAGCAGCUUCAGCGACACGUCUGUAUGAGACAGUCCAUGAUGCGUUUGAUUUGAACAGCUACACAUUUUCCUUGUACAAGGAGAAGAACAAGAAAAAUGAGAUUGCAAGUAGUAAAUCGAGCACCAUUCGAUCAUUUGGGCUCCGUCAUGGUGACAUGAUAUAUUUAUGUCCAGUAGAAGGAACCUCUUUAAUUAGCAACAAUACUCCUUCUGGGGAGCCAGUGGAAGAGCCUGUUGCAUCUACCAGUGCAUCAUCUGGUAGAACAUUCAUAGCAAGUAGAGCCAGUUCUGAUGUCAAAGAGGAUGAUGUAGAUCAGUUAUUGUACAAGACUGAUGGGAAAGUUCAAAGGAAACGUGAUGACAAGCUUUGUCGUCACAAUGCGAACUCAGCUUGCGUACACUGCUCUCCAUUGGAGCCUUAUGACGAAGCCUAUUUGAAAGAGCACAACAUCAAGCAUCUAUCGUUUCACGCGUAUCUGCGCAAGUUGACCUCGGGCGUUGACAGGGGCAAGUUCCUUGCUCUGGAGGACAUCAGAUGUCGCAUUAAGGAGGGCUGCAAGGACCAUCCGCCAUGGCCUAAAGGGAUUUGCUCCAAGUGCCAGCCAAAUGCGAUCACGCUGAAUCAACAGCCCUACAGACACAUAGACAAUGUGACCUUUGAAAACAAGGAAUUAGUAGAAAGAUUCUUAAAUUACUGGCGUGUCACAGGACAUCAAAGAAUCGGUUUUCUGUAUGGAAAUUAUGAGGUGCAUACUGAUGUCCCGCUGGGUAUCAAGGCUAACGUAGUAGCUAUCUACGAACCCCCUCAAGAAAGCAGUCGCGACCACAUUCGCGUCCUUCCUGACGACCGCGAGGAACUCGUUGAGGAAAUCGCGCAACGCCUGGGACUGCGUCGCGUAGGAUGGAUUUUCACUGACCUCCUCGCAGAUGAUGUCCAAAAGGGCACCGUUAAACACACCAGACACGGUGACAGUCAUUUUCUGUCAGCGCAGGAAUGCAUCAUGGCGGGGUAUUUCCAGAACAAGCAUCCCAACCCGUGCCGGUACUCGCAGAAGGGGGUGUUUGGAUCGAAGUUUGCAACUGUUUGUGUGACUGGUGAUAAGGACAACCAGAUUCACAUGGAAGGAUAUCAAGUGUCAAAUCAGUGUAUGGCCUUAGUACGAGACAAUUGCCUUUUGCCGACGAAGGACUGUUCUGAAUUGGGAUACGUUCGAGAAUCUUCCGAUAAACAGUACGUUCCUGAUGUUUACUACAAAGAAAAGGAUUCCUACGGAAAUGAAGUGUCCCGGUUAGCAAGACCGUUACCUGUAGAAUAUCUAUUAUUGGAUGUACCGGCGUCUACACCUGUUACACCGCAUUAUACCUUCAAUUCAGAUGCCUCGAAGCAGCCUUUCCCUGUUGAAAAUCGUUUUGUUGACGGACAUAUACAGGAUUUCAACGCCUUAUCUCAAUACCUCUCCCAAUUCUCAUCGAUAGACUUCUACAACGCGAUUCGUGAUUUCCAUCUACUCAUCUACAUAGCGAACAUGGACAUGCUGCCGAUGCGCGAGUACCUCGCGCCUCUACUGGAUGCCAUCCGUGACCAAGAUCGCGACAAGGUGGUAGAAUGGUCCACCUCCGAACAGUGGGCGACCAUAGAACAAUUGAUAGCUGCCAGUUCACCGCCGCCUUCAAGACCUGGCAGUGUAGCAUCGGGCAGCAUGCCGACGUCGCCAGGUGGCGCUUCGAGUGGUCCAAAAUGGACAUGUCCGUUCUGCACGUUCCUGAAUGACCAGAACGUGCAGAAUUGCGAGAUGUGCAAUCUACCUAGAUCCAGCAGGGCCCACUAGAUGGCGCAAACGCCACAAUAAACACACACUGCUCUACAAGAGAGGCUGGUACUCGCGUGUAUUGUACGCCAGUCAGCAGGGAGAUAUUUGAAGUUAGGAGGUGAUAAGAUAAUCUUCGAAAAUUUGGUAGGUUGGGUGGAAAAAAAAUGGUAUGCUUAGUACUACAACUAAAAUGAAACAAAGCUGUUUUAUACACACUGUUUACAAAAAAUGAUUUUAGGAUUACUUCUUUGGGCUAUUCUGGCUAAAAUUUAUUGUCGGGUGAGUGAAAAUUGUAAAAAAUAUGAAGAAUUUGGAAAUUUGAAAAUCUUGAAAAAUGAACAUUUCGAAACUGUUCAACAUACAUGGGUUGAUCAACCCUUGAUUGGAACUCAAUUCUGAAGGGUCGACUUUGAAUGUGGACAUGAGACUGUCUUUGCCGAUUUUCGAAAGACCGCUUAUAUAGGAUUAAAAAAAUUACAGAAACAACCUUUUGUAGCAAAAAAUGCUUAUGAAGCCUCUUAAUCUACAAGAAAUGUUAAAAAACAGAAUAUCUUCCUUGCAUUUGCUUCAGGUAAAGGAGAGGUUGCCUAGAUAACUGGCGACCAUGUCAAAUACAGCGAUGGUUGGUCAAGUGCACACUGUGAGGUUAGUAAAAAAUUGAAUUGCAAGCACACAUAUCUCUUUUGUUACUGAACUAAAACGUCUAAUAUUCCGCAUAGCGACCUAAAAGUAAAAUAGCUAUGUGAUGGCAUACAUGUUUUGAGAAUAUUAUGUUUUCAUAAAGUGGAAAGCACCUGCAAGAAAUGUAAUUUAUAACUUUAUGAAAACCUGCACGUCAUUCCAUAGCUAUUUUUUAUGGAAUAUUACACACUGUAGUAUCUAAAGAGAAAUGGAUGCUCACAAUUCCAAUUUUUUCUAACUUCAAAUCACAUAUUUGACCAAUCAUCAGUGUAUUGGACGUGGUUUCACAAGUAUCUACCACGGUAGAAUCACAGCUGAUUAUUUAGUAAUAUCUCAAGAUUCCCCAAACCGUCAAAAAAUUAUGAGAAUAGCCCUAAGAAUGACUCCCUGAAAUCACUUGAAUAAGAUGUUUUUAUGCAAUAAAUUUUUUGAGGUUAUGCGAGUGUACGUGCUUCUAUAUACAAUGAAUUUGGAGUAGUUCACUAAGUGAAAGCAUUCAAGUCUAGUGAUUAAAAAAUUGGUAAUCCAGAUUGAUUUUAUCCCUCCUUCAAUUUUUUUUAUGCUUAAAGCAUUAGUGCUCCCUCUGACCGGUCUAACUCUCGAGACUUUUCGCUGAUACAUACUAUCUUACUAAUGUCACAAGCCAGCUAUAGUGAAACUAUACAAGGAUCGUGGAAAAUAUUCGGUAGGUUAGUUUGUAUAUAGCGGAUUUUUUUGCCGUCGCUGUAUUUACAAGGAGAGCUUUGUAUUUGUAUUUUGUUCAACCUUUUUUUGGUUAACGUUCACAUUGCUAAACAAAAAAAAUGACGUCCUAUGAAUGGCAACAUCGCAAUGUCAAGAGGGUAAACUAAGACGACUUUAAACAGGAGGGUAAACUUAUAUUGGUGAAGCCAAAUGGGUCGAGAGUAAAAGCGGGCUAUCUACUAAAGCCAUCGCAUCAAAAAUGUAAUGUAGAGGAUGAGUUGCAAGCAGAAUACGUGCGCAGAAGCUCUACGCGCACUUUAUUUCCGAGAGCCAUGCCUUCCUUACAGCCUCCUGUUUCCAGUCUUCUUGACGUAAACAAAGAGAUAUCCACGAUGUCAGUUUUAAGCGCAACGUUGCCAAUUCACUUAUUUCUGGAAUAUUGAAAUGAAAUUCUAUAGAUUUGUUUCAGCGAAGUUAAAUGGAUAGCCAUCUGCCCGAUAGUGUGAGAUUCAUGUUGGUAUCGGCACUUGUGAAUUAAAAUUCAUCCUGAAAGUUGCUUACUUCAGAAGUUACGCACGUGACAUGUUCUCUGAUUGGUUAGUUAUUUUUUCUUGGUCGUUUUGUUGACAAAGCUUCCUUGUAGUAUUAUCUAUAGACAUUUUUAGAAAUCUAUUCGAAGUUUUUAAUUAAUUUAUUUGUAUUUUUGCGGAUUCGUACUGAGUAUAAAGGUUAAAAAUAUGAACAUAUUAUAAAAAAGCAAACUUUUCUACCAGUUGGUAAUCAAGUUCGAUACAUUUGUUAUACAACAAACUAAAUUUAGGAUUUUUACAAUAAAUUCCCAGUAAGUGACACAGGAAUUUGAUAAAAGGUUUGAAAUAUUUGGUUGUUUUGUUGAUUUCAAGUUUAAUAUAGCAGUUACUUGGACAUAUUUUUCUAAAUUUUUGAUGCAUGACGGGGUUAUCAAAAACAAAUUUUUGUAUGUUUUCAAAAAGGAUUGUUUCCAAAAUGAGUUUUAAAUUAAACUAACGUGUAGGAUUGGUUUUAAAUAUUGGUUCAUAUUGUUUAAUUAAGAUUAGUUUAGGUAUCAGAAUCGCUUAGAAGCUCGUAUUAAGAUUUUCUUUUUUUUAAUGUAGCUGUUUUCUAUCAAAAGUUUGUUUUUGGUAACAUUUGUUGUAUCAUUGGUUUUCAAAUCUUAUUGUAUAUAAUCUAUAUUACACUACUUCCUCUUUUUGUGUAGAUAUAAGUGGUGUCUUAUUUAAUGUAUGGUGAUGAAUAAAUUUAUUG